CCCACGUGGAAGAGACAUCGUAAGCUCCUGAACCCAGCAUUCAGUCUACAAGUGCUGCACAGUUUCUUAGGAGUGUUCAACAUUCAAGCCAGACGUCAAGUUAACCAUUUCGACGCUGAAGUUGGACGCGGGAAAUUCGACCAUCUUGCCUCGUUGAAACAUAUCGCUUUGGAGACAGUAUGCUUGACUGCCUUCGGAAUCACAGCAGACGAAGACAAGGACUUCAACAAGCUUUACAUGGCAGCCGUUGACCAGAUCCUGAACAUCAUUGCAAUGAGGUUCUCCAACUUCUGGCUGCAGAGUGACCUUAUCUACAGCUUCACGGAACUCAGGAAGAAGCAGGAUGAAGUAGUCAAAGUUCUGAAUGCUAUGUCUACAGCUGUCAUCAAAAGGAAAAAGGAACAAAUGCAAAGUCUACCCAGAGAAGAAUGGGAAGCACAGCGGCAACGCACAGGUAUCAAAUGCAAAGCCCUGAUGGACCUUCUACUGGAAUUGGCAGAAGAAAAUACUCUCACGGACAAGGAGAUCAGGGAAGAGGUGGACACCGCUAUAGUAGCUUCAUAUGACACUACUUCUUGCUUACUCGCUUAUAUCAUGAUGAUGUUGGGAACGUACCCUGAGGCACAAGAGAAGAUGUACCGAGAAUUAGAAGAAAUAUUCGAAGGCACAGACCGUGACGUCACGAAGGAUGACUUGCCCAGAAUGGUGUACACUGACGCUGUGAUCAAGGAGACUCUAAGACUGAUCCCUACUGGCCCUGUAGGAUUACGAUAUGUCGACAAGGAUGUUCAACUGAAAAACUACACAAUGCGCGCUGGCAGUCAAUGUGCGCUGUUGAUCUACGGCAUCCACUACCAUGAGAGCUGGGGGCCUGACGUGAGGGAGUUCAAACCUGAGCGCUGGUUGGAUCCCAACAACGCCCCUAACCCUAACAUGUUCGCUGGUUUCAGUAUUGGAAAGAGAGCUUGCAUGGGAAGGACAUUCGCCACACUAUCAAUGAAGACCACGCUAUCACACGUACUACGACGGUUCAAGAUCAAAGCUGACAUCACAGACCUGAAGUUAAAGAUAGACUUCUUGCUAAAACCAGUCUCUGGUUCCCUCGUCAGCUUAGAAAGGAGGAAUUAGUUCUAAAAUAUCAAUCAAUCGAUGCUUUAAAUUAUAUUAUACAUUUAUAAAUAGUUAAUUUUAAGUUUAUGUUUAGUAAAUAUUAAGUUAGAGGACAAACAAUACAUUACUUGUUGGCUAACAUAAAUUAUAAUAAGCAAAUAGAAAUUAAACUGCUAUACAUAUUCGACGAUUAUAUUUUAAUGAAUUUACUAGACUCACUGUAAAUAAAACAUUAACAUACAUUUGUUUUAAACUUACAAUAUAUACUGAUUUGAUAUUGAAUUUAGAACUACAACAGCAACAUUUCGCCGUUAACAAUGUCGUGGUGGUCCGAAGGUUUAAGAUGCUUCUCAUGUAUGAGAGUGCGGAAUUGAAACCUACUAACGAGAAGUACCAAUGUGACUUUUCCGAGUUAUAUGUAAUUUCUAAGAUUAUCUAGACACCAUUGACAAAUAGCGAAGGAAAACGUUAGCAACCUUUAUAGUAUCUAAUUAUAAGUUUAAAAUCGCCAACCCACAUUGAGCAAGCGUGGUGAUUAAUGCUCAACCCUUCUCUAUGUGAGAAAAGGCCUUUGGUCAACAGUGGCUGCUUAUAGGCUGUUGAUGAUAAACAUAUAGUUUGAACAAAUGAUAAUAUGGCAAAAUGCAUAUGUCUUGCGGGAAAUAUAUUAUUUCCUAAACUUAAUAGGACUAAAUCACUCUAAUAAAAUGGUGUUCUAUAAUUGAAAGAAACCAAGGAAUCUUUUGAUUUGUGAAAUCAUUUAAAAUAUGUAUAUGUACAUACAUUUUUAGCAGACCAAAAGAAAGGAAACAUAUUAGAAUAAUAUGGUUGUAUUACACAAUUUUAAUAUUAGUUCAGCCAGUGUAAAUUAAAUAAAUUAAGUACAUUAAAUUAGAUUAAAAAUUAUUGUAUAUAAAUUAAUAAUAAUAAUAUACAUGUAUAAAUUAUACAGAAUAUGUCAUUAUAAGGUAUGAAUUAAAU